CUAAAGACCUGCUCAAGAUCAACCCAACACAGAAAAUUAUCCAAUCUUUCUAUUUCCUUUCCGUAGACAUAGAGCUCUGAUCUAUCCGAUCAAUCUCUCUUUUGGAUUAAGAUUAAUUGUGGGUUAAUUAGCAAAUUAAUUAAUUAACCAUGGAUGAAGAAUAUGAUGUGAUAGUUCUUGGUACUGGUCUCAAGGAAUGCAUUCUGAGUGGCCUUCUUUCUGUUGAUGGACUCAAGGUUUUGCAUAUGGAUCAAAAUGAUUAUUAUGGAGGAGAAUCAACCUCUCUUAAUCUUAAUCAGCUUUGGAAGCGAUUUAGGGGAAGUGAUGAAAAGCCUCCAGAAAGCUUGGGUACAAGUAAGGAGUAUAAUGUUGAUAUGGUACCUAAGUUCAUCAUUGCCAAUGGAAAUUUGGUUCGUGUUCUCAUCCAUACUGAUGUUACCAAAUAUCUUAACUUCAAGGCUGUUGAUGGUAGUUUUGUGUACAAUAAAGGAAAGAUCUACAAAGUCCCAGCAAAUGAUGUUGAAGCACUGAAGUCACCCCUGAUGGGACUUUUUGAGAAGCGUCGUGCUCGGAAAUUCUUCAUUUAUGUCCAAGACUAUGAAGAAAAUGAUCCAAAAUCUCAUGAAGGCCUAGACUUGACAAAAGUUACAGCAAGAGAGAUUAUUUCAAAAUAUGGGUUAGAAGAUGAUACAAUUGACUUUAUCGGUCAUGCAUUGGCACUUCACCUAGAUGAUAUUUACUUGGAUCAGCCAGCUCUGGAUUUUGUGAAGAGAAUGAAGCUCUAUGCGGAAUCGUUAGCACGUUAUCAAGGAGGAUCACCUUAUAUCUACCCAAUGUAUGGACUUGGAGAACUGCCUCAGGCAUUUGCACGCUUAAGUGCGGUAUAUGGUGGAACUUACAUGCUUAACAAGCCAGAAUGCAAGGUGGAGUUUGAUGCAGAUGGGAAAGCCAUUGGUGUGACUUCUGAAGGAGAGACUGCUAAAUGCAAGAAAAUUGUUUGUGAUCCAUCAUAUUUACCUGACAAGGUUCAGAAGGUUGGAAAAGUUGCUCGCGCUAUAUGUAUAAUGAGCCAUCCUAUUCCAGACACUAGUGAUUCUCACUCAGUCCAGCUUAUUAUACCACAGAAGCAACUCGGUCGUCAAUCAGAUAUGUACCUUUUCUGUUGUUCUUAUUCCCACAAUGUUGCCCCAAGGGGAAAAUAUAUUGCUUUCGUUUCAACUGAAGCGGAGACCGACAAACCUGAGGUAGAAUUGAAGCCAGGAAUUGACUUGCUUGGCCCUGUAGAUGAAAUAUUCUAUGACACUUAUGACAGAUAUGUACCUACGAACAAUUCUGAAGUCGAUCACUGCUUCAUAUCUACAAGUUAUGAUGCAACAACUCAUUUUGAGACCACAGUAGAUGAUGUGAUUGCAAUGUACAGUAAGAUUACUGGAAAGGCUCUUGAUCUUUCUGUGGACCUGAGUUCUGCAAGUGCUACUGCUGAUGAAAAAUAACUUUUUUUUUUUCCUCACAAUGGUUAAAUAUUAGUGGAAGAUAAUGAACCAUCAUUGGAAAAUUGUUUUUUUGGGAAAUUAUGCUUCUCAAAUUCAUUCAUUUUACAUUUUUUAAAAUUUAUUGUAGCUUGCCUAAUCGUUUCUUGGCAGUUCUGGUUGGCUAACCAACUAUACUGAAUCAAUAAUAUCAUUUUGAUACCCCAUUUUUC